AUGACUCAUCAGGUAUUUCGUCACUACAAACAAUUUGCUGCCUCUGUCGUGUUGGCCAAACGCUUCCGCGCUGAGGCCCUUAGAGCUGGCUGGCGCGAGGCUUUUCCUCCACCAAACCGAUACGCACCCGCUCUUCUGUCCCAACGACAUGUACAGUUGCUUGGCCGUACUGUUGACCUCAGUCGGUUGAUCUGCCAGCGCAUGAACCGUGCGAUUUUCUCCUCUUUAGAUCACGCUAUUAAGCGCUUUCGUUCCUCUGAUCUGACUGGAAUCGUGGAAUUGGAAGCUAUGAUAGAGAUUAAUCGAGUAUGCCACAAGAUGCUUUCUGAACAUCUUGAGCUUGACGACUUUGACGCGCUCUUUCAGGAAGCCAACAAUCUGGUCACUUCGUCCCUCGGCCUGGUUGCACUUCAUGUAUUCUGGGAGUUUGUUUUCGAUUUGGUUAAGAACUACUGCUACAAUGAUGCCACUAAUCGGUUAGUUAUCUUACUUUGA